AUGACACACCAAAGCUGUCGAGCUUCACCGUUCAAACUUUGGCCCAUUACUUGGGCCAACCUUUGGCUUUGGCUGCAUCUGCUGCUAUCUUAUGCCAGAAGCGUUAGAGACUCGACGACUGCUGCUGAUCAGAAGCCCCGUGCCGUGUUUGUGAUGUUCGUGCAUGAACACGAGGCACUCCCCAUCCUAUCGUCGGCCCGGCAGCUCGAGGAUACCUUCAACGACAGGUACAGAUAUGACCGGGAAUUCUUUUGCACCGAACCCCCCAGCGACAGAUUUCGCCGCUUAACGUCGAACGUCACCAGCGCCACCUGCAUAUACGAAGACAAUCACGGCGACAACUGGAACUUGGCCCAGCAAGCGUUCGAAUUCAUACCACAAGCCGAGGCACCUGAUGCAAGCGGGAUGGCCAAGUCCACGACCGAUGUAGGACACCAGCCUUCCGGCGACUCCGAUGCCAUGGCGAAGGCGUUUGCGCACUGGAACCUUGUGGCAGAGGACUUUCAACGACGACUUGGUUCCCCAAGCCUGCUGUCAGGAAGCACGGUGAUUGACGAACGGAAUUUUAUAUGUGGGAUGUGGAAGUGA